AUGAUGACUUCAACAGAAGUUGCGGGUAGCAAGAGACCACUAGAGGAAAAUGUUGAUAAUAACUUAUUAGAACUUGCAGCUGAAUAUCAAGGGAUAGAGGAUCUGCAUAAGAACAAGAAAAGAAGGCAUAACUUUGUUGUUAUGUCCCAACAUCCAGAUCUUAGAGAAUCUCAAGUACUAUCAAACAAGGAAACAUUACUGCCUGGCUAUAUAAAAAAGAUAAAGUUGGUUAAUUUCAUGUGCCAUGAACAUUUUGAAUUAACGUUGGGCCCAAGGUUAAAUUUUAUCGUUGGUAAUAAUGGUAGUGGUAAAAGUGCCAUCUUAACAGCAAUUACAAUUGGAUUAGGUGCUAAAGCAAAUAGCACUAAUAGAGGUAAUUCUUUGAAAGAUUUAAUUAAAAAUGGAUGCAAUCAAUCUAAAAUUACUAUUAUAUUAGAAAAUAACUUGGAGAAUGGCUAUUCUCCAGAUAUUUAUGGCCCAGAAAUUAUCAUCGAGAGAACUCUGAAGAGAGAAGGUUCAUCCUCAUUUGUUGUAAAAUCAGCAUCUGGUGUUAAAAUUAGUGAUAAAAAGAAGGAUCUCCAACAAAUUGUCGAUUAUUUUUCUGUACCGGUGGGAAACCCAAUGUGUUUCUUAUCACAAGAUGCUGCCAGAUCAUUUUUAACUGCCAGUACUCCUGAAGACAAAUACUUCCAGUUUAUGAAGGGGACUUUUUUAUUAGAAAUAUCGAAACAUCUAACAAAUGCAACUGCUAUAUAUGGUGCUGCAAGAGAAAAUAUGAUUAAACAUAAAAUUAAUUUAAAUAGAUUAAAAACUUCUUAUAAUGAUGCAACUACACUAUUAAAAAACUAUGAAAGUACUUCAAAUUUGAACGAUAGAAAAUUAAAACUACAGGGUAAAUCUCUAUGGAUCGAUAUUAAACAUAAUCAAUUAGAAUGUAAAAAGUUAGAGAAAUCUGUUAAUAAUUCCAAAGAGGAAAUUGCCACAAUUGAUGCAAAAAUAAAAUCAAAAGAUCAUAAAAUUCAACGAUAUUUAACUGAUGAACAAGCAAUCAAGGAUGAUUUGGAAUCCAAAUAUAAAGACGUACAGGAGAAGAAAGAAGUCUAUGAUUCUGCGAUUGCUGAAGUCAAUAAAGUUCGUGAUAACUACAAUAAGGAAUUACAAAAUGAAGAGGAUAUCAAUAAAAAUAUUGAAAAGUCUCAUGUAAAACUAAAAAAUCUAAGUAAAAACAUCGAAAACUUAGAAAAUAAAUUAAAAGAGGAGUUAGGAACAGAUAAAGAUCUGUUGAAGCAAGAAUUAUCAAAAUGUGAAGAACUUGAUAAUGAACUAAAUGAUGCCUUUAACGCACAAUCUGUUAAACUUCAAGAUCUACAGCAAAAAGAAAGUCAAUUAAUCCAUCGCCGCAACAGAGAAGUUCACUCUUCUCAAGAGAGCCUAGGAAAUCUAGCAGAUGAAUUGCGAAGAAUAAAACAAGGCCAUAAUGAUUUCUUAAAUGGGUUUGACAGGAAUAUGAAGCAAUUUUUAUCCGCUUUGAAACAACAUGAACACGAAUUUACUUCUCCUCCAAUAGGACCUUUAGGCCAAUUCGUUACAAUUACUGAAAACUACAAACAAUGGACUCGUUGUGUCCAAAGAGCUAUUGGUAGAUCAUUAUCUUCGUUCAUUGUAACAAAUCAGAAAGAUAGUCGUCUGUUCCAAAAAAUCAUGAAAUCUGAAAGAGUUUCUAAUAUAACUUGCUUUGUUCAUAGAUUUGAAGAUUUUGAUUUUUCAAGAGGUAAGGCUCAGUGCCAAUACCCGACCAUCUUAGAUAUCCUGGAGUUUUCUGACCUCCAUGUUCGAAAUAUAUUUAUUGAUUAUAACAAAAUAGAGAAAAUAAUUUUGAUAGAUAAUAUGACAGAAGCAAGAAAUUUUUUGAGGACCAAUCCAAAAAAUGUAUCCAUGGCUCUAUCUCUAAGAGAUGAAAGAACAGGAUUCUUCCUUUCAGGUGGCAGUAAAAUUGACACUGUAUAUUAUGCAAAUAAAUUACUAAUGAAAAUGUCAGAUAGUACUACUUAUUUAAAUGAAAGAAUUCAAGAAGAACAAAAGACUCUCAACAAAUUAAAAAGAGAGUAUGAUGAACAAAUCAAUGAAUUAAAACAGAAUAUAAGAACACUUGAUAAUGAAAAAAAAAUUAUCCAAAACAAACUAAAUAACAACACCAAGCAAAUAACUGAAUUAAAAAAGGAUUUAAAUAAGGUAGUAGAUACUGGGGUAUUAGAUUCUGCUAAGGAUGAAUACCAACGUAUUCAGAAUGCAAUUGUCAGCUAUGAAACUGCCCUAGAAGGUUUAAAAGAAAAUAUGAAUACACUUCUUGAGAAAGCUCGCCCGCUAAAUGACAUUCGUGAUACAGCACAGAAGACUUACCGAAAUAUCAAAAAAGAAUUUGAAGCAUUAAAACAAGAGUUGGAAGAUCGUGAUAUUAGAAUUCGUAGAUAUAAAGAUGAUAUUACUAUACAGAAUGAUGAAAAAGCUCGUAUUCAAGAGAAAAUUGACAGAGUACAAAGUAAUAUUAAUGACCUUAUGAGUGGUAUCGAGACACAGAUAGAAAAUGCAUCUGAAUUUUGUUCUGAAGAGGAAUCUACAUCUGAAAAUUUGCCAGAUAACCAAGACGAUAUUAGGAAAGAAUUGGAAGAUAUUUCCCGUAAAAUUAAGCGUAACGAAUCUGAUAUUGGGGUGUCCUACGAAAAGGCACUAGAACUGUAUGAACAAACCAUGAGUAAGUUUCUAUCUGCAAAAGAGAAAUAUAUUGAAAUGGAUAACGCAUUGUCAAUACUAAAUCACUCGAUUAAAUCACGUACUGUUAAUUUUGGUUAUCAAAAAACAUCAACAUUUGCUGAUGCAGAUUUUGAUUUUAGAAACUCUUUAAGGAUCAGAAAGUUUAAAGGGAAAUUAGAUUUUGGUAAGACUAAAGAGACGCUCAACGUUUAUACUGGUCCACAGACUGAUAAAGAGCCAAGAAAUGUUGAUACUUUAUCUGGUGGUGAGAAAUCAUUUUCUCAAAUUGCACUAUUGCUAGCUACUUGGAAACCAAUGCGUUCUAGAAUAAUCGCUCUCGAUGAAUACGAUGUAUUUAUGGACCAAGUUAACAGGAAAACUAGUACACAACUGAUAGUUCAAAAAUUGAAAGACGAUUCCAGAACCCAAACCAUUAUUAUUACACCUCAAGAUAUUGGCAAAAUCACGGACAUCGAUAGUGACGGAGUUAACAUACAUAGAUUAAGGGACCCUGAAAGACUGAAUAAUUCGACUUUUCAUGGCUAA